AUGUUGGUCCCUGGAGCUGGUCACGAAUUCCCCGUCCAAGGGGUCUCUUGGAAGAGGCGUGAAGUGCUAAUGUUGGCCAACAGCAUUGGUAUCAAGGCGGACGAGCUGCGGUUCCUCUGUUCAUGCCACAAGCCACAUAUGUACCAGUCUAAAUACCACUAUCUAAUUAGGAUCAAGGCACUCCACCCCAACUUCUCCGUCUUCCCAACCUAUUCUCUCAUCCCCGAGGUGGCUGAUUCUUAUGCUCGCCAGAAGGCAGUUCGUAUUCUAGGCGCCCCCGACCUGCACCAUCUUCAUAGAGUCGAUGGCCAGCAUCAGCUCACUGUCGUUAAGCCGCUCCCUACCACUAGCGCAGGGUGCAAGUUUGAGCUGCGCAAUAAUUUCGUUGAUGUUCAUGAUAAAGGCAAGCAUGGUACUGUCAUUGAGACCGAGCAGUCUAUUGUGAAUAGGGAGAGCGGCGAGUUGUACACCAACGUUGUGAGUAGCGGUUUCAUAGCCUGA